AUGCCGCAGAUCUCACAAAGUCUCGAUAUCUAUUGGGAUUUGGAAGCUCUCCUUGAUGAUGUAGUCGAAGGGGUUGGCGACUUUUCAGACCUUGAUAUGUCCAUUCGAAACGCCUUCUCGAAGGGCAAAGCAAAACACGUUACAUAUAUGAAGAAGCUUGACGAUCAAAUGAUGCUAUUCGCAGCUCACAUCCUGGAUCCGCGUUAUAAAACUCACCAACUAGAAAUGAUGAUACCGGAUCAAUACUCUGAGAUUAUGGCUAAAGUCAAGAAGUAUUUCAGAACGGAGUGGCCGGAGCUAGCAACAUUGGAUGCCACAAACUCAUCUAUGAGCCAAUCCAGACCAGCUGAGCGUCCUCAAGGAGUCUCCAUUGCGCAGUGGAGAGCCAUCCAAAUGAAGAAGGCGAAGGAGGCGGAGGCGGGCGCGGCGAUCCCUAUUUCGGAGCUUGAACGGUGGUUUGCAACUUCCCGAAUAGAGUUCGACGAGUCUAUUGCAAAGUCUCCAGACUUCUUACGGAAGUGGUGGAAAGAACACAAGGAGGAGUGGCCACUUUUGGCUGCGGCGGCGCGUGAUCUCCUCUCUGUCCCUGGCUCUGAAGUUGACGUGGAACGCCUCUUCAGCGGUUGUAGAGACGAAUUCGGUAUCCGCCGUCACGCUUUGAAGGCAGAUACAGCGCGAGUACUAACACUUCUACGGAGUGCUUAUACUCAGGAAGAUAAGAUCGAUCAGGCGUUGAUCAAGGCGGCCAUGGAGUAUGACAUCUUGCCCUUCGCUAAUAGUAUUAUUUGGAGACCAGACCACAUUCCGGGAAUGCUGGUAAAUGGUAUGAAUAUACCCUCAUUGUUUGUGUAUGUGAAAGGCCUCUAG